AUGGCAGCGAGUGAACUAGAAAAAGACAGAAACUAUGUAUUUUGUUUUACAGGGCCUGAUAAUAUUGGAGAUUACCGACCCAGAACUGCUGAUUUUACUCUCUAUAUUGGAAACAGUACUGCGUCUUCUGAGAACACCGGUGAUCUAAAUUACUUGUUUAGGGCUGCAGCUGGAACACUUGCUCCUCUGCGGAAAGAAGAUUAUGUUGGAUGCAUUGGAUGGGGACUGAUAAAUUAUAGCUCACUGAAUGAACGUUUCUUAAACAAGAAUCAGCUUAAGAGGAAAGAAUUUUGGCAAGCAUAUGAGAACAGACAUACACAUAGAUACCAAAAUCCAUGGCAAUCUCCACCAAAUGCCCUUAAUGCCCAAGGCCAGGAAACUAGAAGUACUCUUCCUUGGAUGAAGGACCAAUAUGAUAAUUAUUAUCACAGAGAAAGUAAAUGGUAUGAGCAGUUCUACACUGAGGAUAUCCCACUACCCCUGUUAGCAUCAAUGAGGACUGAUGGAUCAUCCAGCAAUCGAAUGCUCCUUCCACACUAAAGAAAUGAACUUAUUUCAUCUUUAAAACAAAGUGAUUCCAGAGGGAAGAAAAAAAACAGCUUUCAAAAUCUGACUUUAUAUAUAUAUAUAUAUACACACACACACACACACACACACACACUCACACACACUCAAUAUACACACACACACACACACACACACACUCAAGUCCAACUUUUCAUGCAUCCAUAUAGCAAUCAAAAAUAAAGCUUAACGUUUAUUCCAAAAAUGCUCUUUUUAUUACUGAAUUAAAUUUCACAUAAAGGAGCAGUUAAAACUGGUACAUAUCUGUAACAAAAUUAAGUGUGUUUAGGAGACCUUCAUACAUUCAUUCAAAACAAUUUCAACAAGCUCAUUUCAUGAAACAGUAUAAUAAAAUGUACAAUUU